AUGAUAUCUAAAUUUCUCCUUCUUCUCACUGUUCUCGCUCUAUGCCUCAUGGUAGUUCAAGGAUCACCCAUCAAAGUUCCUUCUACACCCACCACUAGAUCCAAUACGAACGACAAAGAAACGAGGAACGAUCGACUAAGUAAUGCACAGAGGAUUGCUAGGGGUUUACCAUUGAAAACCCCAGAAAGACUAUAUGAUCCUACUAGAGUCAAUCCUUUGAAAGCACGAGCUUCGUAA